UGGCUCGCGCACUCUUAGUAACGGCAUAAACGGCCUUCUGAAAGAAGCUGCGUCAGCGGGUAAAGUUUACCAAAACUCUGGCGGAAAAAAAAUCUCACUCGUCCUUCUCCUUUCUUCAACGGUCACCUCCUUUCCCAGUUUCGCUUUUCAUUCUCCUUUCUAUGGUUUCUUCCCUACUUGUGUAUCUGGACUGCCUCUCCAUGUUUCUGAAACUUCAUUACCCUCUGUUUUACUCUGUUUUGCUCCUUUUGUAUUCCAUGAGCUCUUCUCUCACUCAAUCAAGCAUUCACCCGACCAAAAUCCUUCCGAAUCUUCGUCUAGUCCUGCAAUUUGACUAGAACGAAAUCAGCUUUAAACCAUCGAAGACACUGAAUUAAUUCGAACACAAGCAAUACCCAAUAAGCUAGAGUGUUUUAAUUUGUGAAAAUUGAUCAUGAAUUCACCGUAUUUGGUGAAGGAGGAGUACGCGGGAGGGAGUUCGUCGGGGUCCGGCGAACCAGCGGUGGUGCCUCCGCCGCGGCCAAUGGAGGGGCUACACGACACAGGCCCUCCGCCAUUCCUCAACAAAACCUUUGAGAUGGUGGACAACCCGACAGCGGAUCACAUAGUUUCGUGGAGCAGAGCAGGGAGCAGCUUUGUUGUGUGGGAUCCUCAUGCUUUCUCCGCGAAUCUCCUCCCCAGAUACUUCAAGCACAACAACUUCUCCAGCUUUGUGAGGCAGCUCAAUACUUAUGGGUUUAGAAAGAUUGAUCCAGAUAGAUGGGAAUUUGCCAAUGAAGGAUUUCUGAGAGGACAGAAGCAUCUCCUGAAGACGAUCAAGAGAAGAAAGUCACAUUCUCAGGCUAUUCUCCCACCAGCAGCCGCCGCAGGUCCCUGUGUGGAAGUUGGGUUGUUUGGAUUGGAUGGAGAAGUUGACCGUCUGAGGCGCGACAAACAGGUGUUGAUGUUGGAACUGUUAAAGCUGAGGCAGCAACAGCAAAACACCAGAGCCCACCUUCAAGCCAUGGAACUGAGAUUACAAGGAACAGAGUUGAAGCAGCAACAGAUGAUGAAUUUCUUAGCUAGAGCAAUGCAGAAUCCAGCAUUCAUACAGCAAUUGAUCCAACAGAAGGAAAAAGGAAAGGAGCUUGAAGAAGCCAUUUGCAAGAAGAGAAGAAGACCCAUUGAUCGAGGCAGAAAUGGUGGAGGACCCACCCCCAUUAAAAUUGAACCUCUGGAAUUUGGAGAUCCUCAUGGGUUUGAACUAUCAGAGCUUGAGGCACUUGCAUUGGAAAUGCAAGGUCUAGGUAGAGCAAGAAGGGAGAUAGAGGAAGAACAGGAAGAGUUGGAGCAGCCUGAUAGUCGGGAUAAAGAGCUUGAUGAGGGGUUUUGGGAAGAGUUAUUGAACCUGAGGUUAGAAGCAGAGUUGGAUGUUCCAGCUACUGAACAAGAUGAGAGUGAAGUAGAUGUGAAUGUUUUAGCCGAGCGUUUGGGCUACUUAGGUCCAAGCCUUAAGUAGGAAGCCAACUUGCUCUUAACUGGCCAGAGCAUGUCAUCUACUGCUGUUAACUGUUUCAAACUUUCAAUGUCCAUUUCUCUUGGGUAGGAAAUGUACCAUACUUCAUGGCUUUCUGGUUAAUGUCUCAUUUCGUGUAAGUUGGAUAUCUGCAAAAGCCAUCAGGCCAUAACUUCCCUAUUUUUGGUUUUUUGUCGUUUGACAGGAGAGCUGAAACACUUCAUGCUGUAUAACCUCAGAAAAUAUCUUGUGUCUGGUUUUUCUAACAACUGUAAAUAUUUUUGGUUUAUUC